AUGGCAGACGACGACUUCGAUAUUCCAGAACUCCUGGACACUACUGCACAGAGCGAAGGACCUUCGAGCGGAGCGCAGUCGCGUACGGUCCCAUUGACCAUUAUUUGUGGCUUUCUUGGUGCAGGAAAAUCCACAUUGGUCCGGCGCAUACUCACGGAACGGCAUGGCUAUCGGAUCGCAGUCAUCAUGAACGAGUUCGGGGACACUGCCGACAUCGAAGCGAAAACCAUCAACGUUUCUUCCCCAGACGACCCGGAGAAACAAUCAGAAGAGUUCCUCGAACUCGCGAACGGAUGUUUGUGCUGCAGCAUCAAGGACUCGGGCGCGGCUGCCAUUGAGAAGCUCAUGCAGCGCAAGGGUGCAUUCGACCACAUCCUGCUAGAGACGACCGGCCUUGCUGAUCCUGGGCCGAUUGCCUCCAUGUUCUGGCAGAACGAGGAGUUCUCCGAGGGACUCGGGCGCGAAAUACACCUUGACGGCGUCCUCUGCGUGGUUGACGCUGUCUUCGGCCGACAACAAAUGGAAGAAGACCACGCCGCUGACGGCAUCGGGGAGAGCCUGCGGCAAAUUGCAGCAGCGGAUGUCAUCCUGCUCAACAAGGUUGACCUCGUGCCCGCUGCAGAAGCGGACGCGACGGAGGCGGUCAUUCGCGGCGUCAACCCCGCAGCCGCGAUACACCGCACUAUACGCGGCGAAAUCGACCUCGGGCUGCUUAUGGGCGUUGACGCGUACGCCGCGCGCCAGCUGCUCGCCGGAUCGCGCAAGAAGGCCGUGGGGUGCGACGAUGGGCACGGACAUGAUCAUGACCAUGACCACAACCAUGCGCACGAUCACGCGAAGGCGCCGACGCAUUACGAGCUUCGUGGAAUCUCGAGUCUGCAGGUCGAGCUCCCGACGCUCACCGCGGCGCAGCUGGACAAGCUCGACGAGUGGAUCCUGAACGUACUAUGGGAGAAGCAGCUACCAAAUCGAUCGACAGGAGGACCGGACGCCUUGGAUGUCUUGCGGUGCAAAGGGAUCUUCGUCACGGACGAUGGGGGAGUACACGUCCUGCAGGGCGUCCGGAAUUUGUACGAGAUUGUGCGGGUCGAGAAGGAGGAUGAGGAGCUCGGGCUGCCGGACACGGGGAAGCUGGUGCUCAUUGGCAAAGGUCUGAGCGAGGAUGUUCGCCGUAGUUUGAUAGAGCAUUUGAAUAUUGCGUGAAUGCGUAUCAAAUCCGACAACUCGUGCGUGAUGAGACCUCCCCCUCCCCCGGCUGGCCAAUACUCGUUCAUAGCCACUGUCUUCCUCUUGGAGCGUUGCUAGGGCUAGCUGGUGCUGCUUGUAUCUCGAAGGAGGGACUGGAAUCGGUCCACGAAGCCAGCAGCGGUUCCUCGGAGUGCGUCCUUCGAUCCCCGGUGGACCUCAUUAUUGUGUUCGCAAUCGUACCGCAGUUUAACAGGUAGCCGUUUCUGGAAUUUCGCGGCACUCCGUAAAGCGCGAGCGGGAGGACACCGAUCACCGCGCAGUUCCCGUAUGUGUUCACCCACAGGAUCAACUCCAUUGCGGUCUCAAUCCGGAAGCUUCAGCGACCGCCAAAAGGCGCCCCUUCAGCUGAGCGAUAUCUGCAGCCUUCGGCCUCGCUUGCGCUGCUGCGGACCCGCCUCCCGCACUCAUCUGCGCCAUGAGGUCCUCCAGGCCCUCCAUCUCCCUCUUCCCCUUCAGCUCCUCAUUCAGGCUCGCGGGGUCCGCCAGGUCCUCCCCGUCGCUGUCUUUGUCUGCUUCUGCCUCCGACAUCUUGGCGUCCAGGUGCUCCCGCGCGUGCGCGAGGGCCUCGAGGUCGGGCGGGACGAUGUCUGAGAAGCGCACGUUUGCGAGCUGUGCGGCGAUGUCGCGCGUCUCUGCUAGGGCUGCCUGCGCUGUGUCGGUGGGUUGGGGGCGCGAGAGGAGGGCGAUGAGGG